GCAGGCGCGCUUUGGCAGCCCAGGAACCAGGGCAGUUCAGAUCGCGAGCGCGCACCGGAAGCCGGAAGCCCGGGAACUGGGGCAGCAAGCGCACACCGGAAGCCGGAAGCCCGGGAACCAGGGCAGUUCAGAUCGCGAGCGCGCACUGGAAGCCGGAAGCCCGGGAACCGGGGCAGCAAGCACACACCGGAAGCCCGGGAACCAGGGCUGCAAGCACACUGGAAGCCCAAGAACCGGGGCCGCAAGUGCGCACUGGAAGCUGGAAGCCCGGGAACCGGGGCAGCAAGCGCGCACCGGAAGCCCGGGAACCGGGGCCACAAGCGCACCGGAAGCCCGGGAACCGGGGCAGUUCAGAUCACAAGCGCGCACCGGAAUCCCGGGUCAGAGUUAGCUGCCUGGGUCACGAUCAUGCUUGGGCGACCCAGAUCAAAGACAGCUGCUGCCCCGGGGACCGGGGCAGUUCAGAUCGCAAGCGCGCACCGGAAUCCCGGGUCAGAGUUAGCUGCCUGGGUUGCGAUCGUGCUCGGGCGACCCAGAUCAAAGCUGCUGCCCCGGGGACCAGGGCAGUUCAGAUCGCAAUUUAGAUCAGAGGAGAGCCAGGGGACGUCUCCCACCAGUCUCCGCUGGCCAUCUUAUAGCGCGUCCGCCAGGACUAUGCCAGCUCCAGUUUCAGACCUCUUGAGUCACAGAUUCAGAUUCAGAACAGACACACAGACACAGACAGACAAACGGAGACGAGCCAGCUCACCUAUCAGUAGAUCGAUCCUAGCAGAUCCAUUGACCAGGGGUCUGGUGGGCUUGGGGAAUCCCGGACGAGCCCCCAGAUGUUAUGCCCAGACCGUUUGUUCC